AUUGAAUUCAAAGUGAUUAGUAUAUACAUUUUUCUUUACAUGGUUUCCUGGUUUGAAAAAUCCAAGGAGAUACUUCUGAGUCGAGGAAAUUCAAAAGAUGAAGCUCUUACAAAUAUGAUAGAAGACUUACUUGAUCUUUUGAUGGUCAUAUAUGACGUCAAUGAUGAAGGUAAAAAGCAAGUAAUGGAAAGUUUCAUACCUCGAAUUUGUGCCUUGGUUAUAGACUCAAGAGUGAAUAUUUGUAUCCAGCAGGAGACUCUAAAAAAAAUGAAUGCUAUGCUUGACAAAAUGCCUCAAGAUGCCAGGAAAAUACUCUUUACCCAAGAAAUGUUAAUUCUCAUGAACAGUAUGGGAAAAAGGAUUUUAGAUGCUGGAGAUUAUGACUUACAAGUAGGUAUCGUAGAGGCUUUAUGUAGAAUAACAACAGAAAAACAAAGGCAAGAACUGGCAUGUCAGUGGUUUUCAAUGGAUUUUAUUGCAAAUGCAUUUAAAGGAAUUAAGGACUCUGAAUUUGAAACAGACUGCAGGAUUUUUCUCAACCUUGUAAAUGGCAUGCUUGGAGACAAAAGAAGGGUCUUUACAUUUCCUUGUUUAUCAGCAUUUCUUGAUAAAUAUGAGCUGCAAAUACCAUCAGAUGAAAAACUUGAGGAAUUCUGGAUAGAUUUUAACCUUGGGAGCCAGUCUCUAUCAUUCUACAUUGCUGGAGAUGAUGAUGAUCAUCAGUGGGAAGCAGUCACCGUUCCCGAGGAUAAAGUACAAACGUACAGCAUUGAAGAGAGAAAAUCAAAGAAGCUGCUGACUGUAAUUCUGAAAAAUAUUUUGAAAAUUAGUACAAGAGAAGGGAAAAAACUGCUUUUGUAUUUUGAUGCAUCAUUAGAAAUCACUAAUGUGACACAAAAAGUGUUUGGUGUGCAUAAACAUAGGGAAUUUAUCAGAAAACAGGGUAUUUCAGUUGCCAAAACAUCUGUGCAUGUACUGUUCGAUGCAAGCGGAUCACAGAUUCUAGUCCCAGAAAGUCAAGUCUCCCCAGCUGCAGAAGAACUCAUUAGUUCAAAAGAAAAACCUAACUCCCAAAAGGAAUUUGCUAAACCUCAAAAACACAUCCAAAACGGUUCUCAAGGGGACAGAAAAAACAGUCAGCCUAAGAUAACUACCCCUGGCAGAAGAAAAAUGUCUGAAGCCUCAAUGAUUGUUACUGGUGCAGAAAGGUACACCGUGAGAAGUCCACUACUUCUAAUCAACACACCAACGCCACGAAGAGGGAGAAUUAAACCACCCCUGCAAAUGACGAGCUCUGCAGAAAAGCCUGGUGUUUCCAGAACACUGGAAACCGAAGCGGACAGUGCUGUGCCACACCAGUCUAAGUCCCUUGCGGGAAGAAGUGGAGGAGAUGAUACAGAGAAACAGAUCAAAACUGCUGACGUCGUAGAAAAGACAGAAAAUAAGGACACUGAAUUCCUAAACCAAAAUUUUAAUGAACCCCAGUAUAUUGUUCCCGAUUCGCAGGCAGCAGGAAAAAUAGAAAAAUCUAUGUUUCCUGGUGUUUCCUACAACAGCCAUGGGAAUAAAACGCCCUCUAAGUGGGCGUGUUGGACACCUGUUACCAAUAUUAAGCUAUGCAAUAAGCAAAGGGCAAGCCUUUCUUCACAAGGAGACGCACUGAAUCAAGAUGUUGCUAUCAACAAAAAAGUUACAAAACAAAAACCAUCCUCUUCAUUAUCUGAAGAUAAUUCCGAAGAAACAGGAAAGGUGACAUAUAAGAAAGAAAGAAUGCAGCAUAACAAAAUAGAUACAGCAGAAGACAUUUGCAGAAGAAACAAUGAACAACUCAGUCAACAUUCAGAGCAGAAAAAUAUUGAAAAUACUGAGCAGAGUGAUUGGCAUAUUGAAUCUGAAACUACUUUUAAGUCAAUUCUCCUAAAUAAGACAGUUAAAGAAUCUCUCAUCUAUAGGAAGAAAUACAUACUGUCAGAAGACGUGAAUACUGCUGUUUGUGAUAAAAGCCCUUCUCCUAGGAAUAAUGCAAAGAGUCACAGAAAAUCAAGGAAAAGAUUAAUGUCUGAACUUAAUGCCUGGGAUUUGAAACAAAAAAAAACGAGAGAAAAGUCAAAAGGGAAAGAACUUACUGUUGCAGCAGAUUCCUUGAUCAGCCAAAUUAACAAGCGAUACAAACCGAAGGAUGGUGUACAGUCUACAAGAAAAUCAAAGGAGUCUUUGAUCAAUAGUGGUUUUUCAAACAAAUCUGAUCUACAGCUCAGUAAGGAAAAGGUUCAGAGAAAAAGUUACAGACAACUGAAGACUACUUUUGUUAAUGUUACUUCUGAAUACCCACUGAAUGAUGUUUACAAUUUUAAUAUGAGUGGAACUGAUGAGCCUAUUAUAAAACUUGGAAUCCAGGAAUUUCAAGCUACAACUAGAGAAGCCUGUGUGGAUAAUUCAAUAAAGUUGGUUGGUUUAAGGAAUCAUGAUGAACUUGAACCGUCUCUCAAAACAAAAGAUAAAAGAAUUGUAAGGAGUCACAAAAAGAAAAGCCUCUUUAGUGACACCGACACCGAGUACAGGUGCGAUGACAACAAGACCGAUGUCAGCUGGCUGGCAGAGCCGAAGCCCAAGCCGCAGCUGGCCGUGUACGGCAGGAGCAGAGGUGUGAGGAGGAGACAGAGGAGCGGGAAAGCAAGUGAGAAACCACUGCUUGGAGAGACACCCAAGGAAAACAUCAGCAAGAAGGCAGAUGAGAGCAUCCCAGAUGGGAGAGCCCGGCGCCCGCGCAGAGCAGCCAACGCCAAGAUCAGUUACAAGGAGCUCUCCAACUCCGAGUCGGAGCGCGAGCAGGAAGUCUCACAGGCGCCGAGGGGGAGGGUGCCAGUGAAGGAAACGCACUCCGCAUCUCCACCGUCCUCGUCCAGUGAAGGAGGAGACCAGCCGGGGAGCGGCCUGCGCGGCGGCUCUGCUCAUGGAUCGGGCCCGACACACCAUCUCUGUCGCAAACGAAUGUACAUAGACGCCAACCUCAGUAACCCCGAACUAAGGCUGGAGGAGGACCAGGAAGGGACAGCAGACUUGCUUCCCCCAAAACUGACUAAAACUGAAGAUCCAGACCACAAAGUGUCUAGAAGUGCAUCUUCAGUGUCAACGAACGACUCCACCUUUUCUGGGAAAAACUGGGGAACUGAAACCGCGGCUGUCGGUGUGAUGUGUGAGCAGUUUAACACCGAAUUCAAGAAGAAAUUCAAUAUCCACCAAAAACUGAUGGAUUAUUUCACCAAGCAGUCUUGGAAAACAGCUCAACAGCAUCUGAAAACCAUGAACCACCACAUUCAGGAGUACAGGAUCCAAAAACUUGAUAAAUUCCAGCUCAACAUCAUAGAAGAGUUGAAGAAUUUUGAAAAAGAUUCACAGACUUUAAAGGAUUUGGAGAAGGAAUUUGCGGACUUUUGGGAAAAGACGGUUCAGAAGCUCAUUGCCUAUCAACAGAAUGAACAGGAGAGGCUCCACCUUCUGAAGGCCUCCCUGGACGCCAACGUCUUCUACAGCAGCGACCGGGAGGAGGCCGUGCGCGCGUCCGAGGUGCGCCCGGCGGUCGCGUCCCUCCUCUCCGCGUCGCAAGAAGAGGAGCUGCUCAACGUGCGCAGAGGCCUGCUGUCCCUGUUCAUGGCUCGUGAGGCGGACGCGGACAUGGACAUCUAG